UUCGCACCGGAUACAGGAAGUGUUUUCAGGCUGACUCGCGUCUCGUCCUUGACUGCCCCACGUGAGGAAGUUCUACCUUUGCCAUUGACAACAAAUUAAUUGAAUUAAAUGAAAUUAAUGCUGUUCAUGCGCGCCUCUGACGAACAUUAAUCAUCUCAUUUUCUUCCCGCGUCGCGUUUGAGAGCCUUUAAACUGCGCAACACUCAGUUGCUAGCAUGUCUCGUAGCUGUCGGUCAGUGUUGGCGUUGUUACACAGGUGUGUGGCGGCGAGUCACGUGACCCUGUCCGCCAGGUGUGGUUUCGUUCCGAAUUCCACGUUGACGUCCAAGACCCGGACGGACUCUCUCCGGGGACUACAUCUCGCAGUGCGGCGCAGCCUGUGCAGCAAGGCACCUGAGGAAGAUAAAUAUCCUCCCCUGCCAGACUAUCAGGUGCCGGAGCAGCCCGAGAAGAAGGAUGUGUACAUUGUCCAGGUCCAAGGUCUGCCGUGGGCGUGCACGGCCCAGGACGUAGCGCGCUUCUUCUCAGAGUGUCGGAUCCGGGAAGGCGUGUCGGGCGUCCACAUGACCGUGGACAGCCAGGGCAGGCCGUCGGGACGCGCCUUCGUGGAGCUGGAGCACGAGGAGGACGUGAGGAAAGCCUUGGAGAAGCACCGACAGUACCUCGGACCUCGCUACGUGGAAGUUUACGAAAUAACAGACAGCAAUGCGGAAGAAAUCCUGAAGAAAACGACCCAGUCUCCUGAGGAAAGUCGGGUGGUCCGACUCCGAGGUCUUCCGUUCUCCUGCACCGAGAACGACAUCGUCCUCUUCUUUUCUGGUCUGGACAUCAUCAAGGAAGGCAUCACCAUUAUCACAAACCGCAAAGGAAGGAACACGGGGAAAGCCUUCGUGACGUUUGCCACGCAGGAAGCAGCUGACGAAGCCCUGCAGAAGGACAGACAGCUAAUUGGGGAAAGGUACAUCGAGGUGUUUCCCAGCACGAGCCAGGAGCUUCAGUCCAGAUGGAGGGGUCCAUCGUCACCAAGCAGCGAGGUCACCAAGAAGAGGGUCUCUCCUCUACACACAGCCGUCAGACCCGUUGCUGCACCACGGCCUUCAAAGACCUCCAGACUGCCAUCACAUUACGUCCACUUGAGAGGACUUUCUUACCACGCGUCUGGAGAAGACAUCGUUCAGUUCUUCUCCCCGCUGUCGGUGUCCAUGAUCCGACUCGAGCUCGGUCCAAACGGGAGGCCGAGCGGCGAGGCCGACAUUUACUUCGACUGCCACGAGGACGCGGUGGCGGCCAUGUCCCACGACAGAAUGAACAUAGGUGGACGAUACAUCGAAUUGUUUCUGAACUCUGAUUCUGAUGAUGAAAGGUAAAAGAAAUACCGGAACGUCGGCUUGUAAACCAGCAAAGUGCCCAAAUCCACAAGCGUGAGACUGCGGCAUAUUUAUUUAUGUAUGACAGCAAACAUUACAAAUAAAGCAACAAGAAUGUU